CUCUUAUACAGGAUCCUGGAUGGAGGUAAAGACCGAGAGCAGGAAGACCUCAGUCACUUAGCAUCAGCACCCGCAAGGAGCAGCAUCUCAGCCUGGAUACUUAAAAAAAAUAACAUUACUCAUUUUAUCUGAGGCGAAACACUUAUUUUUAUUUAGUUUCUUAUUGACCAAACAGCUCCGAUCAGUGCCAGAGUCCAUCCUCAGCCUCCAGCCAGCAUCCCUCCUUCUCCUCUUCUUCCUCUCCAGCAGCUUCUUUCUUUCUUUUUGGGCGUUUCUGACAGUGUUGGAUGUAUCGGCCGGCUGCAGCGGUGCUGGCGGCUCUGACCGCCCUCCUGUGGUGCGGACCGGCCCGGUGCGCCGUGAUCCGGAACCACCACCACCAGCAGCAGCAGCAGCAGCAGCAGCAGAGCAACCACCGGCCGAUCAUCGGUGUGUUGGCACAGGAAAACCUCCCAGGAGACCAGUUCGCUCGAGGGUCCUCUUACAUUGCUGCCUCCUACAUCAAAUACCUGGAGGGGUCUGGAGCCAGAGUCGUCCCCAUCCGAAUCAAUCGCACAGAAGAGGAAUAUGCUAAGAUAUUCUACUCAAUAAACGGGUUGUUGCUGCCGGGAGGAGAUGUAGAUCUGCAGACAUCACAGUUCAGCCGAGCCGCCAAGAUCUUUUACAACUUGGCUCUGAAGGCCAAUGAUGCUGGAGACUACUUCCCAAUCUGGGGAACUUGCCAGGGCUUCCAGCAGCUGUCCGUCCUCACGGCCAACAAAAACCUGCUGACGCUCACUGAUACCAAGGCUGUGGCUCUACCUCUCACCCUCACACCAGCGGCCCAGUCCAGCCGUUUAUUCCGGAGUUUUCCCAAAGAUCUGCUUCAAUCUCUGGCUGAUGAAAACAUCACUUCCAACUUCCACAGCUGGAGUCUGUCAAUGCAGAACUACAGUCGAAACUCCAAGCUGAAGAGGUUUUAUAAAGUCCUCUCCACCAACAACGAUGGAAAGAAAGAGUUCAUCUCCACCAUGGAAGCCUUCCGUUACCCAUUUUAUGCAGUGCAGUGGCAUCCAGAGAAGAGUCCCUUUGAGUGGAUCGAUAAAUCCGGUAUGAUUCACUCCAGUUCUGCUGUAAGAGCCAGCUUCUACACUGCCAGCUUCUUUGUCUCUGAAGCCAUGAAGAACCAGCACCAUUUCUCCAGUCCUGCAGAGGAAGACAGAGCCCUCAUUUACAACUUCUCUCCUGUGUACAGAGGCAUCCACGCUGUUUUUGUGCAGAACUAUUACUUUGAUUGAUGGAAAGUGCUGAAGAUGAAGCAGACCUGGGCUCAGUCUUGUCAAUUUGCCAGCUGUAGAACAUCUUGGCCCAAGUCACAAACCAAACUUGAUGGAGUUGUCACUUACUGUAGCCACGAACAUCAAGAAAAUGGAGCAGAGUAGUGAUGGAGCGUAGUGAUGACAAAUAGAAGUAAAUAAGCCAAAAUAUACGUCAGAAAUUUUAACAUUUUUCAGAAUAAUAGGAAAAUACCAACGUAAAAUGCUAAUACAAAUACGUAUAGAUGAAACAGUGCCAAUAUGUAAAAAUGGAAAUUAAAUUUAGAUUUAGUUUACAGCGCUCGCCUAACAUAUCGACACCCUUUUAGAACUACUACAACACAAUUCCGCAACUGCAAUCCAGAGUGACGUGUAUUUUAUAAGAGGUAGCAGAAUUUGUUACAUCCAUAAGGUGCAAUGGUUGAAUGUAGAGUAGAUUUUGGAGUAACAAAACAGUAGAGUCUGUCAGCGUUUAGUCUGAUUCUAUGUAGAUUCAAUCAUCCAUCAUGGUAAUGCUCAGUGAUUCUUUAGAGGACAACUGGAUUUCGAUUUUUGGUUCCUGAAAACAUUUUGCCUCUCCUCCAGGGGGUUGCUACAUGAGGCUGGAGAGACAACUUGCUAGGCCUGGGUUUGGAUGUUUUAUCCAAAUGUGUAUAGCUUGUGUUUCUGAGGACUUUCUUCAAACUCAAUAUCCUGGUGCACUUAGAACCCAGCAACAAACUUAGAUAAAGCUUAGUUCACUCUUAGCGUAGAACCAAAAACAAGUCCAGUUGCCUUCUACUGAAGUACUUCAGAUUAGUCUGAUUCCAUUUACAUGAUGCUUAUCUUCCAUUAAAUACCUCAUAUCCUCCCCACGCUGUUAACAUGCUGUCUUCAAUCUCAAUUGAAGUGCAGUGAUUUGGCUUUUUUGAUGGCGGGAUGAUUAAAACUAAUAAGAUAGGGUCUUUAUUGUACUGUAGGAAUAAUUAUGGCGUAUUUAACACAAAAAUACUUUUUCUAAGUAUCCAGUUUUAGUCAUUGCAGUAUGUAUCUGAGCUGCCUGCUAAAUGCUAAUGUCCAAGUAUAUCAUAUUACUAAAAUGCUUUACAAGAUAUUUUAUGCUUUUCUCUUUUCAGUUUUGUUACCUCCCUUAAGUUUGCACACAUCCAGUCUCAGUUUAAUCUCCUAGACUGCUGCUGUGUCUGUUUGUUUUUAUUGUUCUUUUCAACCCCUUUAAACCUGUUGUACGAUGAGUUUUUGGAGAAACUUUUGGGAAGCAGCAGCUCCAAGGUCAAACCUCAGUGUUUUUUGUUUUUGAUUUUGUUUUGUUUUUUUUUUCGCUUGAAGCAUGAAUAACCUGCUGAAACUCUGUGCACAGAUACCUUUUUUUUUUAAUCUCUAAAUUUUUUAA